UAGCUAUUUUUACAUAUAAUUUUUUCUUUAUUUUAUUAAUAAAAUAUACGUAGUAUUUUAAAAUUAUUUUUUAUUUAAAUCAACAGAAUCAGCCAAUGUAGACACUUCCGUCAGCACUUCAUAAAUUUCACCAGAAUCAAUCAAAUCAACCGAUUUUCGUGCUACCAAACGGGCUCCGCUAGCUCAGCUCAGCUAGCUCGUAAAUACUAAAGCAGCUCCCAGCAUCCCCUAUUCCCAUGCAUGCAUGGUGAAUAAUUUUCUCAUAAAUAAAAGCAAAGGAAAUAAUAAAUGAGAUUGCCAUCAAUUGAUAAUGACAUAUAUGAGCUCGUAAAUACUCCCCUAAAGCAGCUCCGGCCCAUCCCAGAUACCCAUGCAUGCAUGCGGCAUAAUUGCUUAUCGUAUACAUCUUCGUGAUGUGUAUAAAUUAAAACCCCGACCUUUCACGCAGAUCCUGAAGAUUUAUACAAUCGUAUCAAAAAUCAUACGGUGAGUCCAAGUGAUAUGAAGAUAUUAAAAGGUAAGUUUUUAUUUUCAAUUUAAGGGAAGGAGACUACCACAUAAAAAGUGGAAUUUUUUCAAUAUGAUGUUGAAGGUAUUUAAAGAGGCAAGGAUUGAGGUUGGGAAGGAGACUACCACAUAAAAAUUUGAGGGCACUGCCUACACGAAGGGCCACGAAUGGGUAUUUGGUCACUUCCCAAUUUGGUCAGACCUUCGGCUUGGACGGUUAUCUGAAGAAGUCCAUGUUUCCUGAAAAUAAAACUUCAAAGGUAUUCCCUCUUUUUGUUAUCUAUUAAUACGUUGUAUAUUCCAUUUUUAUGACGGCAUGUUUUUACUUUUUGACUGUUUUUGAAGUAUAAUUAUCAGGUCAACCAUUCCACAAAAUUGAGACAUACGAAGUAUAUAUAUACAACAAUACCAUAGUUAUUAUUUAUUGAGAGAAAGUAAACUUGCUGUCAAAAAAAAAGAGAAAGCAAACUUAUAUGUCCCUAUAACUGAAGCUUCGUUUUUUAGAACUCGAUCUAUUUAAGAAACAUUUCGAAUCUUAAAACAUCCUAUAAUUUAAACUUCGUUUUUUAAACUUUGUAUACGCAAUAUUGAUAUGAUAUGAAAGACUUUUUUUAAGCAAUCAUACGAAAGAUUAUUAAACGUUAUGUGGUAUGAAUUUUGAUAUACUUUUUGUAAAAAUUGGAAUACAUAUAGCUAAGAAACAACACAAUAAAAAAUGAAAUUCUAGUUUUUCGCUCACCCUGCUGCACCAAGGUGCUCCCAAGCCCCCUUAACCAAAUGCAUUAGGAUUCUAGUACGUAGUAACUUUUCUCUAAACCCCAUUUCAUUCGAAACAAGGGUUUACAAAUGUCUGAAUAAGGCUUUUCUAAAAUGCGUUUGAAAAUUUGCUCAAUAAUAAUAGUGCUUGACACGAAUACAAAUCCAUAAAAAUUAGGAAAAACGAUAAGAAUAAUUCCAACUAUUACUCACCUCCUCUAAAUAAUCUAAUCUAAUGUAUCAAUUAUCUCAAAGUAAUCCCAAUUAUGAAAUAAAAUUCUCAAAAUGCUCUAGUAACUUACAUUAACCCGUAAAUAUUAUAAGUCAUUUAUGGGUUAUUACAAGUGAUGAGUGGAUCAUUUCAAGAAUUUUACUAAAUAGUUGAGAUUAUUUUGAGAUAAUCGGUAUUUUCUAUUAUUUAAAGCAGGUCACUAAUAGUUGAGAUUCUUGUCCAUUUUUACUAAAAAUUAAUACUAAUAGUAUAAUCAUAUAAUAGAAGAGGCACUCGUCAAGUGGUUCUUUGAUGAAGGAAAGGUCCAUUUGAUUGAUCCAAGGGACGAGCCAUUCUGGUGGAUAUAUUAUAUUUCGUUCUGUAUUUGUUUUUUCGAACGAUUUCUCUCGGUAUUUGUGAAAUAGCUCGAACGUGCCCAAUAGCUAGAAUCUGUCGGUAUAUAUUUGGAUAUUUCUCUAUAACUAUUGUUUCAAUGAUUUCGCAACACGAUGGUAAAUACUAGUAUUAAAGUUCAUAGAAUAUGUUUGGUAAAGAGUUUUUUCCCGAACAGAGGUACUUUUCAAACUUAUUUCUCGAAUAUGGGUACUUUUCAAUUUAUUCCCCAAAUGAAGGUACUGUUCGCAAUGUCAUCAUUCCAGCAAUUCCACAUCAUACUAGCUAUUCCAUGUCAUCCCAAGUAUUACACGUCAUCCAAUUUAAGUGUUCAAGGAUACUUUUAUUGAAAAAUUAAAAAUCGGAACAUCACAAGGAAUUGAACCUUCGACUAGCGGCUAAUUAAGCAUGCCUUUUAAUUUGUAGCGAUUAACAUUAAACUAGUACCUUGGGAUGGCAUCCAUUCUCUUUUUAACAUAUUUGAAUACCGCUUUUAAAGUUCAGGAUUGAGCUUCUUCCAAAAAAAGUUCAGGACUGAUCUAAGCUCGGCACCAAUUUUUUUCCUAAUUUUAAUUAAUAAAGAUUUUUUUCUUUAAAAAAAAUAAAGAUUUUUUUCUUAGAUAAACUUCAUACAAUUGUUUUCAUAUUAACAAAAUUCUAUAUUUAUUAGGGUGCUAGAGCCUUUCAUGUCAUUUAGUUAUUAUAAAUUUUAAUUAGGUUUUUAUUCUUUAAUUGAGUAUCUCAAAUUUACAAUUUAUUUUAUUAUAUAAUUACUUUAGAAAGAAGCAUAUAUCUCUAAAUGAACGAGUAAUACACAGGAAGGUAAAUAUUUAUGUUCUGGGAUUUAAAUCUUAGUAUUUCAAAUUUAACUAAAACAUAACAUGUAACAAUUUAACUCAAAUUCGAGCAUUUUAAUGAAUAUAAUCAAUAAAAUAGAGGUCGAUUAUUCAAAUUUGUUAAAACGAGACUGUACACCACUUGACGCCUCUGGUGUAGUGGUCAUCUCUACAAAUGAAAAGGCAUGCCUUGCUGCUGUCGAAGGUUCAAAAUCUUUCGAAUUCCAAUUUUCAAUUUUUUUUCUUUCAAAAAAGUAUCCUUAAUUACUUCAAUUGGAUGAGGUGGAAUACUUGGGAUGACAUGAAAUAGUUAACAUGAUGUGGAAUUGCUGGGAUGAUGACAUAGCGAAAAGACGCUCAUUUGGGAAAUAAGUUUAAAAGUACCCCUAUUCGGGAAAUAAGUUUGAAAAGUACCCAUGUUCGGGAAAAAACUCGUUUGCUAACUCUUUCUUCCAAGUUGUAGAUGCUGGAUUUUGUUGUUUCUUGAAAUUGGACCAUACUUUGUUGCAUCGUUGUCAUAUUCAUGGCAAUUGAUCGAAUUAUGUCUUCGGUGGACAUGUUCAAGUUCGAAGUUUGGCCUUGUUGUUUAUAUUGUUGAGGGGGAAGAUUUGAUGGUUGAGGAGGUUGAGAGUUUCCGUACCUUAAAUUAGGAUGAUCCCUCCAUCCCGGAUUAUAGGUGUUGCUGUGAGGGUUAUACCUCUUUUGAUUUUGAAACCCCAAAGCAUUGACUUGUUCGGAGUUCUCCUCUUGUAGCAUUGGGCAAGAGUUGGUGGGGUGCCCUUGUGUCUAGCAUAUGCCGCAGACCUUGAAUUCUUGAGUUUUUGGAUUUAAGAGAAAAUCUUUAACCAAAGAAGUCAAGCCGGCUACUUGACUUUCCAACGAGUUAUUGGAUUCCGCCGCCAUAACUCGUUUUGAUGACCGCCAAUCAUAGUGUCUACAAUUCUCGGCCAACUCCGAGAUAAGGUUUCUAGCUUGAGAAGGAGUCUUGUUGACAAUCCCCCCUCCACACGCGACGUUGAUCAUCCACCUAUCUUCAUUGCAAGCACUAUCAUAGAAGUAUAAGAUGAGGUCUUGCUCCGAAUAGCCGUGGUAUGGACAGCUUGCACAAAGUUUCUUGAAUCGUUCCCAAUAUUCGUAGAACGAUUCAUCAUCCUUUUGCUCCACAUUGCUAAUCUGCUUUUUUAGAGAUGAGGACACAGAGGCAAGGUAAUACCUUUCGAGGAAAGCUUUCUUCAUGGCCGCCCAUGUACCUAUACUUCCCGAAGGAAGAUAGAAUAGCCAAUCCUUUGUGGUAUCCUUUAAAGAAAAUGGAAAAGCCCACAAUUUGAUUUGUUCUUCCGUCACACCGUUUGGACACAUGCUUGUGCAAACGACGUGAAACUCCGAGAGGUGUUUGUUCGGAUCCUCUCCUCUCAGGCCAUGGAAGGAUGGCAGCAGAUGAAUGAGCCCAGAUUUUAGCUCAAACGUAUUACCCUCAUCAAGUGUAGGGAAGGUAAUACACAGUGGUUGUUGAUUCAAGUUCGGAGCUGUGAGCUCCCUCAGUGUUCUCGUUUCAAGAGCCAUGUGAAAGGACUCUUCGGAUUCGCUAGAACUAGAGCUAGCGGUGUAUGAAUCUCUGGUAGAUGAUUCUUCCGAGUCGGUAUUAGAAAAUUUACUUUUCAACCGCUCGAAAGUUUGUUCUAUUUCGGGGUUGGUGUGAUAGGUGAUUUUGUUCAGUGAGCGAUAUUUAACCAUAUACUUCAAAGCUCAGAAAUAGAAAAAUAAGAACUCUUUAUAUUUCAAUGGAAGCUCUUUAGAGGCAUUUUACCUAUUUCAGACAAUCUUAGAAGAUUUCAGAUGGUGCUUCAACCCUCAAUGUGCCCUAUUUGUAGAAGAAAUAAUGAUACUACCGAUCAUAUUUUCUAUGGUUGCUCAUUCUCUAAUAAUAUUUGGAAUUACUUUGCUAGGAUCUUAAAUAUUCCUAUCCCCACUAAUCUUCUUUCAGUCAGAAAUAUAUUUUUUGUUUGGUGGCUUGAAGCAGGAAGCAAAACCCUCACUGAUGUUUUCAGACAUAAUCUUCCGGGCAUUAUCAGCUGGCAUAUUUGGAAGGUUUACACUGACCUAAUCUGGGGUUCUCUUCUUUCUAUCCCUACGGUUGAAAAUAUUAUCUGGAGAAUCAAACUUUAUACUCAAACCUGGGUUCAGAGUUUCAAUUCUUCUAAAUUUUGUUCCAUCGAUAAGAUUCUUUAUGAGGAAAAUCUCAUCCCCAGUAACUUUAAAUCUAAUAUGGUUCUUCAACCUAUUCGAUGGAUUAAGCUUAAGAGAGGUCUUAAACUCAACGUUGAUGCGGCGUAUUUACCUGGAAAAGCUUCCGGUGACGCAAUCUUGAGAAAUGAACUUGGAGUUUUCAUCGGAGCUAUCUCGUUUCCCAUGGUAACUUGCUCCAAUCUUCACGUAGAACUGCUUGCACUCCUAAGGGCAACAACAUGGGCUAUUAAUGAAGGAUUUGGGAGCUUUCAGGUUGAAUGUGAUGCUAAGGAGAUUGUGGAUUACGUUUCAGGUAGGAAGAGGGAUCGGUGGAUGGAGGAGAUUGAUGGCUUCAGGCGGUUAUGUUUUAGGAAAGGCAUCCGAUUCCGACAUAUCUUGCGAGAGGUUAACGAGCUGGCCCAUUUGCUUGCUCGACUCUCUUCAGCCCAUUUUAGGCAUUGGUCUGAUCUGAAUUUGUUACCUGGGCCCGUUAAGAGUGCUGCUACUUUAGAUCUGUUUGGUUUACCUUCUUUUAGAUUUAUGACUUAAAUUGUAUUUUUUGGUGAAAGAGGUAUUGGUAUAGUCCCCCUCUUUUUGUUAUCUUUCUUCUUCUUUAAUAAAACCCGACAAAUGUCCCCCGGCAUUUGUCCCACUAAUUUUGGUGGUUUGCCUUCCGG